AUGGACGCCCUUGAUUUGCCGACCAGAUUGCGACGCCAGGAGCAGAUGUUCCCCUUCGCGGCUUUGUUCGGCCUCUCGCUCGUUCUGCCACGCCGCGUGCAGAUCAUACCGAGGGCCCGCGUCGUCGCCUCCGCCGCAAACGACACGCUGACCGUCGGUGACGCGCUGGCGGGCUCUCUGCGUCGGAACAUUGCCGACCUUCCGGAGCACGAGCACCUGGUGAGGGCGGAGAGAACGCUAGACGCGAUGCUCGUCUCCGGAAGUGCCGAGCUCGACGCGCUUCAGCGCGAGUUUGACCGCGACCUCGCGCAGACGAGCGACUCGCUCGACCAAGAGCUGACCUCCGGACUGCAGCGGGUCGCUGCGACGUACAAUGAGACGUUUGACUACGCGGCAGCAGAGCUCGAUACUGUAUUUGCCUCCACCCGCGACGACGUGCCGGAGCCGUCCGACUGUAGCGACUAG